AUGCUCAUAGGUUUGUGAGCAGCUGUUCAGCUCCUGAUGCACAGUUGUUGUAUUUAUGUUGCUUCCAGACGCAGUUUUGAGCUCUGUAGUGAGUGAAGCAACACUGCUUGUACACACGUCAUGACAGCAGGCACUGAACCUCCACAGAAUUUUGUUUCCUCCAGAUAGUUGAUGAUGCUAAACAGAGCGCCUUCUCCUCUCCAACCCUCACCCCUUCUUCCUUCCUUCCUCCCUCCUUCUUUCCUCCACCGCCACGUUGCCUGUCACGUGACGCCCAGCGCUCGCUCCAAAAUCAUCUCCGCGACAGGCGACACUCGAGCGCGCAUCAUCAUCAUCAUCAGCAGCAGCAGCAGCAGCAUCACAGCACAGUAUAACCGGCGGCGGCACGAGCUUUCCUCCCCACAAACAUCCGGGUGUCGCGCGCAAUGCGCAGUCGCGCCGCUGCAGCCGUUUCAGCGAGCUGAGAGAGAGAGAGAGAGAGAGAGAGAGGGCGGAGAUACCGGAAAGUGCCAGAGACGCGAAGACGCAGCGGGACGCCGACUUGGCCAAGCUUCAAACAUAGGCACUUGAAAAAAGAAAAAAACAAUCCCACGUCAACGUCAAAGACAUGGACAUGGAGAGGGUAGAAAACGCGCCCUAAAAUGUCAGAUUUAAAUACGGCGAAGCGAGUGAGAGCGGCUUCCCCUCCCCUCCUCCCUCAUCUCUUACCCUAAACCCGGUGAUCUCGUCUCAGGUGCUUCAUCCUUCUUGACGCAGUCUGACUGAACUCGGGGAGCAAAAAAAAAAAAAAAAUGAAGAAGUUUAAUAUUCGGAAGGUGCUGGACGGCUUGACGGCGGUAUCAUCGCCUUCAGCGUCGCCACAUGCAGGGGCCAAAGAGAACGACUUCAUCCUCCCGGAGACCCUCCAGUCCGAGCACUUCCAGCUCUGUAAGACGGUCCGCCAUGGUUUUCCGUAUCAGCCAUCUUCCAUGGCCUUCGACCCGGUCCAGAAAAUCCUCGCCAUCGGGACUCAAUGUGGAGCUCUGCGGUUAUUCGGUCGUCCUGGCGUAGAAUGUUACUGUCAGCACGAGAGCGGAGCCGCCGUCAUCCAGCUCCAGUUCCUCAUCAACGAAGGGGCGUUAGUGAGCGCUUUAGCCGACGACAGCAUUCACUUAUGGAACCUGCGUCAGAAGAGACCAGCCGUCCUGCACUCCCUCAAGUUCAACAGGGAGAGGAUAACCUUCUGUUACCUGCCUUUCCAAAGCAAAUGGCUGUAUAUCGGCACAGAACGAGGAAACAUCCACAUUGUAAACGUGGAGUCUUUCACGCUCUCAGGAUACACUAUCAUGUGGAACAAAGCCAUUGAACUGUCCUCCAAGGCCCACCCUGGUCCUGUCGUCCACAUAAGUGAUAACCCGAUGGAUGAAGGCAAGCUUAUAAUAGGAUUUGAGUCUGGCAUCGUGGUGCUGUGGGAUUUGAAGUCGAAGAAGGCUGACUACCGCUAUACCUACGACGAGGCGAUCCAUUCUGUGGACUGGCACCAUGAGGGGAAGCAGUUCAUCUGUAGUCACUCAGACGGCACAUUGACCAUAUGGAAUAUAAGGUCCCCAGCCAAGCCUGCACAGACAAUCACCCCACAUGGAAAACAGCCCAAGGAUGGAAAGAAGCCAGAGCCAUGUAAACCCAUUCUAAAAGUAGAGUACAAGACAACAAGGGCAGGGGAUCCAUUUAUUAUCUUGUCCGGCGGUCUAUCGUAUGACACGGUCGGUCGGCGGCCAUGUUUGACUGUUAUGCACGGGAAGAGCACGGCGGUGCUAGAGAUGGACUAUCCCAUCGUAGACUUCCUCACACUCUGUGAAACGCCAUAUCCUAACGAUUUUCAGGAACCUUAUGCUGUUGUGGUCCUUCUAGAGAAGGAUCUAGUUGUUAUCGACCUUGCACAAAAUGGUUACCCGAUCUUCGAGAACCCUUACCCCUUGACACUUCACGAGUCCCCGGUGACGUGUUGCGAGUACGUGGCCGACUGUCCCGCAGACCUUAUUCCUGCACUUUACUCGGUCGGAUCACGCCAAAAAAGACAGGGCUACAGCAAAAAGGAAUGGCCUAUAAGUGGUGGAAACUGGGGCCAGGGCUCUCAGAGCUAUCCAGAAAUGAUAAUCACUGGGCAUGCUGAUGGUUCUGUGAAGUUCUGGGAUGCUUCUGCAAUAAUGCUCCAGGUGUUGUACAAGCUGAAGACAGCCAAGGUGUUUGAGAAAGCGCGCGGCAAGGAGGAGAAAGCAUCCACGGAGAUCGUAGACGAAGAUCCGUUCGCCAUCCAGCUCAUGGCGUGGUGUCCUGACAGCCGAAUGCUGUGCGUCGCUGGAGUGUCUGCUCACGUGAUCAUCUACAGGUUCAGCAAACUGGAGAUCAUCACUGAGGUCAUACAGUUACUGGAGGUCCGACUGCAGUAUGAGCUGAACGACCUCGAGUCACCUGAAGGAGAUCAGACUCCGGCUCCUCCCACUCCAAACACCUCACCAAGUCCGCAGAACGCCGGCCUGCACCCACAUCCCUCCAGCAGCAGCAACUCGUCUGACGGCAUUAGAGAUAACGUUCCCUGUCUCAAGGUACGCAGCAGUCCUCUGAAGCAGUCUCCUGGGUAUCAGGUGGAGCUGGUGGUUCAGUUGGUUUGGGUCAAUGGAGAGCCACCGCAGCAGAUUAGCAGCCUGGCCAUCAACUCCUCAUACGGCCUCGUGGUCUUUGGCAAUACUAAUGGCCUGGUUGUGGUCGAUUAUCUCCAGAAGACUGUUCUGUUGAAUCUGAGCACCGUGGAGCUGUACGGAUCCGGCGACCCUUAUCAGAGGCAACCUCGAUCACCUCGCAAGAGUAGGCAGCCAUCGGGAGGGCUGUGUGACAUCAACGAAGGCUCGGCGACGUCAGAGGACCGCUGCAAAUCACCCACCUCAGUGUUGACGUCUAACCAUCAGCAGUUCUACAAUGGCGGUGGUAGAGGAGCAAAGAUGUCACGGAAAUUAAGCUUGCCUACUGAGCUAAAGCCAGACUUGGUCUUACUCUCUGUAUGUCCACCACGGGGCUCAAUACCGCUAGACAACAGGGACAACUCAUUCAGCCGCUCACGCAGCUCCAGCGUGACCAGCAUCGACAGGGACACACGAGAAGCCAUAACGUCGUUCUACUUCUCCCAGACGUACACGUGUAAAACGGACAGCACCCAAAGCCCUGCCCUGUGGGUGGGCACUUCGCUAGGUACAGUCCUUGCUAUCUCCCUAAACAUGCCCCCUCCAGGAGAGCAGCGGUUACUGCAGCCGGUCAUCGUCUCACCCAGUGGCACUUUCGUUCGGCUGAAAGGAAGCAUCGUCCGGCUGGCAUUCCUGGAUAACACAGGCUCACUGCUCCCACCCACAUCGGAGCUGUGGUACGAACCGAACACUGACAGCGAGGAGAAGGAGAGAGUGAGGAGGAGGAGGCCGGUGUCUGUCUCACCCUCUACCUCGCAAGACCUGACUGAGAGCCAGUAUAUGGUGGUAUGCUCGGAGAAGCAGGCCAAAGUGAUUUCUCUACCCUCACAAACAUGCGUCUUCAAGCACAACAUCACAGAGACGUCAUUUGUGCUGCACGCAGAUGUGGUGCAGGUGGGACCAGGCCUUUGUGUGGCGUGCUUCUGUGCCAACGGACACAUCAUGAUCCUCAGUUUACCUGGUCUCAGGCCGUUGCUAGAUGUAAACUACCUUCCUCUGACGGACAUGAGGAUAGCCAGGACCUUCUGCUUUACCAACCUGGGCCAAGCCAUGUACCUGACAUCUCCAACUGAGAUCCAGAGGAUAACAUACAGUCAGGAUAUUUGCGAGAACCUGCAGGAGAUGCUCGGUGAGCUCUUCACACCUGUGGAGACCCCAGAGGCUCCGAACAGGGGGUUCUUUAAGGGCCUUUUUGGAGGAGGAGCUCAGUCGCUGGAUCGAGAAGAACUCUUUGGUGAGUCUGGGGCAGGUAAGGCAUCAAGGAGCCUUGCUCAGCACAUCCCUGGACCGGGGGGCAUCGAGGGCAUGAAGGGGGCAGCAGCAGGUAUUGUGGGUGAUCUGGCUCGUGCAAGGAUAGCACUGGAUGAGAGAGGACAAAAACUGAGCGAGGUGGAAGAGCGGACAGCGGCCAUGAUGGCAAGCGCUGACUCGUUUACCAAACACGCCCACGAGAUGAUGCUGAAGUGUAAGGAUAAAAAAUGGUACCAGUUCUGAUGUGCAGUUCAGCCCCACGAACACAAAGGGACUCAACCGCUUAUCUAGAGAGCAUCAUCUUUUCUCUCGUCCUUCCUUCCCUCCCUCUUUGGUCCUCCAUCUCUUUCCUCCUGGACCACUGGGAUCCGUUCUUUAAUUCUGGCACAAUGUUGAAUACUGUGUGGACCUCAGUCCUACUGUCAGAAGUGUGUGUGUGUGUGUGUGUGUGUGUGUGUGUGUGUGUGUGUGUGUGUGUGUGUGUGUGUGUGUGUGUGUGUGUGUGUGUGUGUGUGCGUGUGUUAGAUGGACUACAUGUCAAAACAUGACCAGACAUCCACCAUCUGCUUUCUUUUGUUUUGUCUGUUUGUUAUUCCCUUCCCCCACUGUUGCUGAGGUGAUUUUCUCGAGAGCCUCGGAUUUAAAAUUUUUUUCCCAUUCACGCUGUUUUCUUCUUUCAUCUCUGUCCUUCUCAGAAGAAAACCAGAAAAAUAAAUAAACAGCCAUUGUAAAAAGAAAGAAUGAUAGAAAAAAAAAGAAAAGGGUGAAAAAUAAUCUGCACAUAAUUCUAUAUAAAUCUCUAUAUUCAACUUUUGAACUGUUUUUAUUUGGACUGUUGAGGUGCAAAAAACACAUGGGGAGUACGGAGGUUUGAGGAUUAGCCAUUAACAGGAAUUGAUGUCACUGUCAUGGAGGAGAUGGACCUAAUGACCCUGAGAGUUGUCCUUACUUCUCUUAAAGCCAUUUCUCUCUUUAUUUAUUUGUUUGUUUGUUUGUUUGUUUGUUUGUUUGUUUCAACAAGACCGAAAAAAUAUUAAAUAUUCAAACGUUCUCUUCAGGUUUAAUUCAUUUUGUUUCAUGAUAUUCUAGUUUGCAUUUGGGAAUUGUCUCAUAGAUUAUAUCAGCACAAUAAUACUUUACAUUAAAGUACCAUCUCGAAUGGGUUUAUAAUUAGUCAAAUAAGUUUUAUCGAGCUAGAAGCGGAAAAGUUCGAAAGAAUAAAACUGGGAAAGAAUAGAAAUUGUGUGUUAACUAAUUAUAUACCUGUUUUGUUUUUGUUUUUUUUUCUGAUGGUAUAUUCAUGUGCCCAGAUAUCUAGUAUAGAAAAAGGGCUGAUAUGGAGGUUUUUCUUUUUUUUUUUUUACUUUAAAAAAAAAGGGCUGAGAAAUAAAGACUAACAUGAACAACAUGACCAGGUUAUAUAUGGACAUAACCCAAUUUGGCAUCACCGAUAUCACUUUCUCACUCAAUCAUUUUUUUUACUUAUCAAAAAUAUUUGUCACGUCUCAAAUCAGUGUGAUUAUUUUACAUAUUAUUUUUCUUUAUCUCUUUUAUUUCUCAUAGUUCCAGAGCAUUGAGCUCUGUAUAUUUUCCUAAUCUUAAAUUUUUCCUUUUAUUUAAAACAAGCAAGCACUUAUACCACAUUAAUGCUGAAAUGAAGAAUAAAGCAUUCGGUCUGAGUGUUCAGAAGAGAAGAAAUUUCUUUAAGUUUGAUGUCCGGACGACGCGGUCACUCGUGUAAAUAUAUCUACAACCUACAAACAAGGCGUACACUUUCUUCCUGUUUAGCGUUUUGUUUUGAAGCUUGAACAGGUUAAUAAGGUGCUGCCUUUAAACCAGUGACACAAACGUAAUGUAGUCGGUGGCUCCGCCCACUCGACUCUCAGACAAUAGUUAGGGUCACUUCGGGAUGUUAAUCUUUACUGUUUAUAAAGCCAUACCAGCUGUCUAAAUUUAUUUGUGCACAGUUUUUUUGUGGGGAUUCGUUUAAAAAAAGAAGAAGAAAAAAAAAUCUAUAUAUCAAAAGCAAUUGAAUUGGAAAACAUCCAGUUACGUUUUCCCUCAACUGUAAUUUCAGUACAAUUGUAAUUUAUUGUGUGCAAGGACAUUGCUGCUAUAUGUGUUUGUACAUAAGACUUCUUUUCUCUGUCCAGAGCAUUAUGUCCCUCCCUCUCGUUCUUUCUCUCUUCCCCAAGUUUUUUUGCCAUCGUGUAAAUAAAUUAGUCUGACAAUCUGGGACCAUAAAUCGAAGAGCGAGAGCGGAUGAACUGGUGUGAAGACAGUCGCCAUACUAUAUGUUGUUAAAUGCCAAAGAUUUACUUUUUUUCAGUGCUUUUAUUUCUAACUGUUACUUCUAGUAAUAUGGGACAUUGUUGUAUUAGUGAGGUUUUACGUGUGGUUCUUGACCUGUGUGGAUAAGAAUACUUUCCUCAUUGAUUUUAAUUUGAGUAAAAAAAAAAAAACAUAAAUUAUAUUAUACAGUAUUUGAUGCCAUGUCAAAAUGUUUUGGAAUACAAGUUGGUAUAAAUUCCUCCCAGUUUAAUUAGCAUUUCAGAGUUAAAGCGUGUAAAGCGUGUUUAUUUCAUUUUACCGUCUUUUCCAUUAACGCGUCCUCGCAAACUAGUUUUUGUCAAAUGGUUCCUUGCGAAUAAGCUAGAAGCUCAAUCAGAACAGUUAAGACGUAAUUGAUCGAGCGAUGCGUUUUAUUUCUGUUCGGAAGCUGUGUUCGGUUUUAAGCGAAUGUUAGUUGAGGGUUUGUCAUUGACUUCCAGUGAGAUAGCGUGAACGUCUGUAUGCGUUUCAGACUAAAACCAAUCGUUUUAGCACAAAAGUCCAGUUUGGGGGAAAAAAAGAAACUGAUCAUGAUAGUUGGGGAACCGUUGUGUUGGAUCUGCUAACAUUAUUUAAUUGACCUUUAAAGAAAAAAAAAUAAAGGAAAAAGAAGUCAUUAACGCAGAACCUCUAUGUUCUCGGUUCCCACUAUCAUUGUUCAUCAGUAAUCUAAUGUGUGUUGAAAUGUUCAGUGACAGUAAGUGCAGUAAGUGUGAGCCACUCUCAGGCUGUGUGUGUCCUCUUCGAGCCGGUUUUCAGGCCUCACCUCCUUCGUUUCCGAUUCUGUCUGUGUGGAUGUUGAUGUUGAUUGUCAUUUUUUCCAAGAAAGAAAAAAAAUCCCUGCUGAAUCUGCGAUGUCUAAUAAUGCGCCUUCCUCUGAUGUUUUUUUUUUUUUAAUAUUGUUUAUCCAUCAGCUCGUUGUAUUUUAUUUUCUGUUAUGAAGUAGAUCCUGUCUCUCUCUCUCUCUCUCUCUCUCUCUCUCUCUCUCUCUCGCGCUUCAUCUCCCUUGUUCCUGAGUUUCACAGUUCUCGGUGGGUUGCAGUAUUUUUCUCAUUGUAGCCACUUUUCUUGUACAGUUUUAUGCAAAUUUCACAUGGAUGUUUGUGAAUAUCUGCUGCCACAAAUGAUUUAGAAUUAAUGUAGAUAGAGAUUACUGUGCAAUGAAAAAUAAAAAACGAAUUUAACCCA